UCCCCAGCACACACGAGCGCGGGUGGGGGUGCCAGCCGGGGGCUCCCGCAGCCAUGAAUGCCCCCCAACUUUCUGCUGGGCGCCCGGGUGUUUCGACGCCCCCCCCCGGGCGGGCCUGGGGGCUCUCCCGCGGGGCGUGCGUGGCCCCAGGGCCGGGCGACUCGCGCGGGGAAUGCAGACCGGCCACGCGUGCGGUAAAACGGCGGUCCAGCUGCAGAAAAGAGCCGGCCCGCUACGAAGGCGGAACGGCUCCGUGGCUGGUUUCUCUCCAGCUCUCAUUGGAAGGUGUAGCGGGGCUCGGGGUGCCCGUCCCCUGCUUCCUCUGCCCGGACGCGGUCCGCAGGUGCCGGCCACCGCCGUGUCCCUCGCAGCUGGCCGGCAAGCGCGGCUGGGCCUGGGCUCGGCUCCUGACGCGGUGCCCGCCUGGGGGAACGGAGCGGAGGAUGUUCCCGAAGAAGCAGAGGCAGGCGGCAGGCGCAGACACGGAGCCGUCGGGCAGCCGGAAGCGGGGCCGGCAGGACGCGGAGGUGGUACCGGGAGCGGAGAGCCUGGCGGAGGCGGUGAAGCAGGCACGGCGCAGAGCAGCCCUGUCCGUGCGCGAGUUCAAGUUCAACAAGAAGAGGGUGCGGCUGCUGUCCCAGGAGUCCCACUUGCAGGACGGCGCCCUCGGCAUCCUGUACUGGAUGUCCCGGGACCAGCGCGUGCAAGAUAACUGGGCCUUCCUGUACGCCCAGCGCCUGGCCCUGAAGCAGCAGCUCCCUCUGCACGUCUGCUUCUGCCUGGUGCCCAAGUUCCUGGACGCCACCAUCCGCCACUUCGGCUUCCUGCUAAAAGGCCUGCAGGAGGUGGCCGAGGAGUGCGGGGAGCUGGGCAUCCCCUUCCACCUGCUCCAGGGCUACGCCAAGGACGUGCUGCCAGCCUUCGUGACGAGGCACGGCAUCGGCGGGGUGGUCACCGACUUCUCCCCGCUCCGCGUCCCCUUGCAGUGGGUGGAAGACGUCAAGGAGAGGCUCCCGCAGGGUGUGCCACUGGUACAGGUGGAUGCUCACAACAUCGUUCCCUGCUGGGUGGCCUCCAACAAGCAGGAGUACGGCGCCAGGACCAUCCGGCCAAAGAUCCAUGCCCAGCUCCCCGAGUUCCUCACAGAGUUCCCCCCCAUCAUCCAGCACCCGUUCCCCGCUGCGGCCCCCGCGCAGCCCAUAGACUGGGACGCCUGCUAUGCCGGCCUGGAGGUGGACCGCACGGUGCCGGAGGUGAAGUGGGCAACGCCGGGGACAGCUGCGGGUCUGGCGGUGCUGCAGGCAUUCGUUACCCGGCGGCUGCCAGGGUACAGCGAGUACCGCAACAACCCCAACAAGGCCGCGCUCAGCAACCUCUCGCCCUGGUUCCACUUUGGCCAGGUGUCCGUGCAGCGUGCUGUCCUGGAGGUGCAGAAGUCCCGCGACCGCCACCGGGAGUCUGUCAACAGCUUCGUGGAGGAGGCCGUGAUCCGGCGAGAGCUGGCGGACAACUUCUGCUUCUACAACAAAAGCUACGACCAGCUGGAAGGUGCACAUGACUGGGCCAGAGACACGCUGAUACUCCACGCCAGAGACAAGCGGGAGUAUCUCUAUGACCUGCACCAGCUGGAGCAGGGGAAGACGCACGACCAGCUCUGGAACGCGGCCCAGAUCCAGAUGGUCCGCGAGGGCAAGAUGCACGGCUUCCUCCGCAUGUACUGGGCCAAGAAGAUCCUGGAGUGGACCCGGUCCCCGGAGGAUGCCCUGCGCUUCGCCAUCUACCUCAACGACCGCUUUGAGCUGGACGGCAGGGACCCCAACGGCUACGUCGGAUGCAUGUGGUCCAUCUGCGGCACCCACGACCAAGGCUGGGCCGAGCGGAACGUGUUCGGGAAGAUCCGGUACAUGAACUACGCCGGCUGCAAGAGGAAGUUUAACGUGGGCCAGUUCGAACACAAGUACCGGCCCUGAAUGCUCAGGGGCCCUCGCUGGCCUCCCCGUACAAGUCCACUCCCUCGGAGGCAGGAGCUCUUGCCGCGAGCAGUCUGCAUAGCUGUCCCCGGAUAGCGGGGACCGUGCCUUUUCCAGACCAGCUGCUGCAUGUCUUUGCAUACACUUGCUUGAGAGACUAGUCGUGCUGCAGGACCAGGAGACAGCCUCUCCCCCGGUGCCGGGUUUUUAGCGCUGCUCUUUCUAGAUGGAUUGCAUCCAAAAAGGAAGUGGCCGGAGGGGAAGGAAAGGGAGCAAGCACCCUGUCACGAACUCACCAUUUUUUGAAGUGUUCGUGGAAUAUCGCAGAGGUUUUCUUGGGCUGGCUUCACUGCUAGGUUGCGUGCCGUCUCUAUAGAUAGGUAGCCUUAAACCAUGUUCCCCUCCUUAUGUCUACGAUUUGUGGUAUUUGGCUGGUACCAAAGUAUUUUUAUAUUUCCUCUUUUGGCCAGGAUUAGUUAAUAGGGCAACAAUUAGGGCUGCUGCCCUAGCCCCACGUCCGAGGAGUAAGCAACUAGGAAGUGUACAUUUAAUAACUAAUAACAUGUAGUAACUCGGCGGGCUAUUACCCAUUAUCAUCACCCCAACAGGUGGUCGGGUGGAUACGUGACUCCAGACGUGCUCACAGACCAUGACAGCCUCUGUUUUAAAGAGAAGAGGCAUCAGCUGGGGAACAGUCCAGCCACAGACUUAUUGGAGGGAAUAAGUGAAAGACUUAUGGCCCGUAGAGAUAAAUGACGAUAUUCAAGGAUAUCCAAUUGGCAAUCUUUACGUCUGAAAGGAUGUAAGCAUUCACCUGGUCGUAACUGGAUCGGGGAAGACUCCAAAGCUGAUAAACAGAUGCACAUCGAGGGGCAAGAAGUAUGGAAGUGUGCAUAGGAUGGGAACCCCAGCAAUUUCGUGGGUGAUCUUUAUGCUUGGCAGGAUUCGAUUUUUAUCAGUCAAUGGUGAUAAACAUCGAUUUCAUCUCGCAAGCCCAUGAAAAAAUAUUUCCAUCACAUAAUCAAAAUGUAUAGAAAGGGGAUGUAGGAAAAACGAUGGCUGAUGCAGUGCGUCACGACCAGGAGAUCCUGGUUUUCUCCAACUUAAAAAAAAUCCCCAAUUUUCAGUUAAAAAAAAUAACUCCAAAUUUUCAUUUUUCCAUUAUUCAAAUGAAACAUCAAUAUAUGCAUAUCUGUAUAUGAAUAGUGUUCCAUUUAAGUCAUGGGAAAAUGUGGAUUUGAGGUUACUUUUUUUAACUGAAAAUUGGGGGUUUUGUUUUGUUUUUUUAAAUCGGAGAAAAGCAGGAUCCCUGGUCACGACCCGUUCCUAUAUAGCCAUGCUGGCUGUAGUUCGGACUGCAACUCCCAGAAACCCCAGGGGACUGGGAACAAAGGAAAAGGAGGUGACAAAGGGGAUGAGGGACCUACAGGUGAGCGGAGUCGCUUUUCCUGCUUGGCUGGUGGCAGUCCUACUGUAGUUACAUUGGUCGUUAAUAGUCUGGCCCCUAACUUUGCACAAUCCUGAAAAUGUAAAUCAAUAAACAUCAAAAUAUACGCAUAAAAAUUAACAUUUGAUGUUAUCCAUCACCAUGAUUUAAAAAAAUAAAAAUCCAAUUCUGCCAUGCCGAGCGAUACGCGUAAAUGGCCAAAUAAGAAACCAUACUUAAGCCUGGCCAUGAGAGCAAGUAUUUGUCUAAACCAGUGGUUCUCAACCUUGUUAGGCAGCAGACCCCCUCAGAAAAGGCCAGUGCUUAGCUUUCACUUCUUUUUAUGACUACAGGAUAAUACAAGAGCAAUUCUCCCAUUGCAUGGGACUCAGAGAGACCGCAACAGGGCAGCAUGGUUUUUAACACCAUGGAUUCCUAUUUGAAAGCUCUGGGUUUAUCAUAUUUGCACACCUAACCGUGCCAACACUGUAUGGCACCCUUGAAAGGAUCUCAAGGCACCCUGGGUAGGCAUUACUGGUCUACUUUACAGUUUCUUGGGUGUAAGGUGCUCUAGUCCCGCACUGGCUUAGCUGGGCAGCACAAGCUGAGAGCCUGGGGGAAGAUUUUGGCUUGGACAGAAGCUGCUUUCUUAGAGUUUAGGGAUAAAGUAAAAGCAUUGGUCUGAUAUUUCCCUUGGUUUAUUCUUAUAUCUUAGUGGUUCCUGAUGCCUUAUAGCGGUUUUGUAAUAAACCUUUUUGCUGUUCUGACUCA